AUCUCCAUUUCACUCCAUCCCACCUAAUCCACAACCACGACUGUCAAUCCUCCCUCCCCGCCUGCUAUCACGCUACGAGAAUCCGAUUAAUUUAUCCUACUAUAUUGUCCACAUCAUGUCCGCCGAAAUGGACGUCGAUCAGCCCGUCGCGCACGAGGAAGCCGAAGUCCCCGCGCAAUCGGGCGACAAGAGCGUCGACCCGCGAACAGACAGUGGCGCCGUCGCCGUGCGCAGUAUCGAGGGAUGGAUCAUUCUCUGCACUAAUAUCCAUGAGGAGGCGUCUGAGGAGGAUGUCACGGAUUUGUUUGCUGAGUAUGGGGAGAUCAAGAACUUCAAUCUGAAUUUGGAUCGUCGGACAGGUUAUGUUAAGGGCUACGCAUUAAUCGAAUACUCUACCCUCCCCGAAGCCGAAGAUGCCAUCAAAGCCCUGAACGGGUCCAAACUGCUCGAGCAGACUAUCGGAGUGGACUUUGCUUUCGUGCGACCACCGCCCUCCAACAAAGGCAAAGCCGGCGGACAGCGGGGUGGUCGCGGCGGUGGUGGUGCAGGUGGACGAGGCCGCAGCAGGAGCCGGAGUCGCAGCCCCGGCGCGGAUAACGAACGGGAGCGGGAUUGAGAGGAUGAGCAGCUUUGAUUUUUUUUACCCUUCUUUAUUCUUUUUCUGUUAUAUUGCGUGGCACAUCUGUGGCUUGAGACAACCUCUGAUGGAGUACUUUGGCUUUUAUUUUUCACGAUUGCCGACUUGAGGAUGGAGAUAUACUACUACCACUCUACAUAUGGCUAUGACAGGACUCUCGACCCAUACUGGGUGACAAACGACCAUGGCCGGCACGAUCUUCCAAGGACGAUGGGUCCUGGGAUGAUAUCCCGAGAUACUGUGCCGGCGCUGAAAUUCAUUAGCAAUACGAAGAUUCCAGACAGAAAAUUGUUUUAAUUGGACCUCGAGUAUACUGGGCUCGUUGCUAGAAUAUAUUCUGUGAUUCGGCGUGUCAUGCGCUGGUUAUAAGCAUCUGCAGAGCUUUCUUUCCUCUUUUCUCUCUCUUUUUCUUCUAUUUUGUCGCGAUUGGUGUCUUACAAUCAGCCUGACUAUCUUGUAGAUCCGACCUUAUCAUACGGUCUGCUGUGCUAGGCGAGAUAUGUAAUUGAGUAGAUGUUCCUAAAAAUCAACAUCAUCAGAGAUGAG